UUUGACGAUCAACCCUCAAAAAUUUGAAGUCGUUGUAUUUUUUUUUUUUUUGCAGUGAACUGAGUGCCCCUGACGUCUCAGAGGGGAUCCCUCUCUCUAGCGCGGUGACUUUUACGGGGGAAAUCCGUGAGGGAGGUCGGGCCCUUUAAACACCACUCUCGGUGUUCUUGGCCAUCGAUUCACCAUGGGUUUUGUAGUCCCGUAGAGUCGACGGGAUUGUAGUUUUACCUGCGCUCAAACUCGUGGCACGUACAGAAAAACGAAGAGGGAUGAUGACGGUGACCCAGGCUUUCUCUGUUUAUCUUUAUAACGGGGAACACCCCGCUCGGACACGCCCCGAUGGUCCCACAAGGAACUCAGCAGAUCCUCUACUUUGAUAGAGACUCGAUUUUUAACUCGAAACCGAUAACGCUUUCCCCCACUUCUUUACAGUAGAGAGGAGUUAGAUUAGAAAUGUCUUGCCCGCAUAAACGUCCGAAAAGGACGAAAUCCAAGGAAGUGAUUUUUCAGGAGUAUUUGAGAAAAGUCGCGCAGGACAACGGAAGACGUCUAGGUUUGGAGGGCGACGCUGACCUGCAGUUCCUCCUGUUGGGCGGGGAGCUAGUCAAGAUCCGCUCCAGCACCUGGAGGAAGAACCGCUUUUACAAGCUGCAGGAGGACUGCAAGACCAUGUGGCACGAGUCCCGCAAGACCUUCAAGAGCAACCAGACUUUCUCCAUCGAUGACAUUGAUUCGCUUCGCAAGGGCCGUCAGUCUGAGGGGCUCCAGAAGUACACCGAGCCCAGCUUGGAGGACCGAUGCUUCUCCAUCAUCUUCAAGGGCCGUAAGAAGAACCUGGACUUGAUGGCUGCCAGUGCAGAAGAAGCAAAGCAGUGGGUAAACGGCCUGGAAAAGGUCAUCAGUAACAUGCGUAACCUCAGCCGCCAGCAAAAGAGUGAGCACUGGAUCUUCAAUUGCAUGCGGAAAGCGGACAAGAACGAGGACAAUAAGAUGACCCUGAAGGAGCUCAAGCACUUCCUGCGUCAGAUCAACGUAGAGGUGGACGACACCUAUGCAGAGGAACUUUUCAAGAAAUGUGACAAGUCCCAGUCAGGCUCCCUGGAAGGUUCAGAGAUCAAGCACUUCUAUGACCUGCUGACCUACCGGGAGGAGAUAGAUGUAAUCUACGGGAAGUACGCUCAGAAGGAGGCUCAGAUGAGUGUCGGAGACCUGCUCAACUUCCUGCUCAACGAGCAGCGAGAGCAAGCCUCUAGUCAAGACGCUCUCAGGCUUAUCGAAAAAUACGAGUUGGACGAAACAGCCAAGCAGAAGAAGCACAUGACCAAAGAUGGCUUCCUUAUGUACAUGCACCAGGAGGAGGGCUCCAUUCUGAACCCUCAGCACAAGGAAGUGUGUCAGGACAUGAGCCAGCCCCUCAACCAUUACUACAUCUCCUCCUCUCACAACACCUACCUGAUGGAGGACCAGCUCAAAGGGCCCAGCAGCACCGAGGCCUACAUAAGAGCUCUGAUGAAAAGCUGCCGCUGUGUGGAGCUGGACUGCUGGGAUGGAGCGAAUGGCGAGCCCGUUAUCUACCACGGAUACACGCUCACUUCCAAAGUGCUCUUCAAGGACGUCAUCAAGGCCAUCAAAGAUUAUGCCUUCAAAACCACGGAGUACCCGGUGAUCCUGUCUCUGGAGAACCACUGCAGCAUGGAGCAGCAGAAGAUGAUGGCCCAGCACCUGAGCUCCAUCCUGGGCAGCGCUUUGCUCACACAGCCGCUUGGAGACACCAUGCCCACCAACUUCCCCUCACCCGAGAAGCUGAAGGGGCGAUUCCUUAUCAAGGGAAAGCGUCUGAACAAACUGGACGCUGUCUUUUACAACAACAGCACUAUAGAGGAUGACAGUGUGUCCGAGGAGGACGAGGCUGUGGAUUACAAGGAAAACGAGCAGAAAGCCAAGGCUAAGAAAUCGAAGAUUAAACUUGCCAAAGAACUCUCCGACAUGGUUAUCUAUUGCAAGAGUGUCCAUUUCAAUGGCUUUGAGCAUGCUAAAGACAACCAGGCCUUCUAUGAGAUGUCCUCCUUUAAGGAAAGCAAAGCUUUUAACCUGGCUGACACCUCAGCCACUGCCUUCAUGCACCACAACAUGGACAAGCUGAGUAGGAUCUACCCAGCCGGCUCCAGGACCGACUCCUCCAACUACAACCCCGUGCCCAUGUGGAACACUGGCUGCCAGAUAGUGGCACUGAACUUUCAAACAGCCUCCAAGGAGAUGGACCUGAACCAGGGACGGUUUCUACCCAACGGAAUGUGCGGUUAUAUCCUGAAACCAGAAUUCCAGAGAGACCUGUCAUCCCAGUUUGAUCCCAUCUCCCUCACCAAGGGGCCGUGGUUAAAGAAGAAGGUCUUUCAUGUGAUGGUGAUCUCAGCCCAGCAGCUGCCGAAACUAAACAAGGACAAGCACAAAUCAAUUGUUGACCCCCUGGUUAGAGUGGAGAUUUAUGGUGUACCACCAGACAACACCAGCAAGGAGACACAUUACAUCGACAACAAUGGGUUCAACCCCAUGUGGAAUGAGAACUUCCGGUUCAAUAUCCAUGUCCCAGAGUUGGCCAUGGUGCGAUUUGUGGUGGAGGACUAUGACUCGACGUCCCAGAAUGACCUGAUAGGGCAGUACUGUCUGCCGCUCAGCAGUAUACAGAAUGGGUACCGCCAUGUUCCUCUGCUCAACAAGAGAGGAGACGUCCUCUGUUCAGCUGGACUCUUUGUGCAUCUCAUGCUCCUGGACGACCAGUAGCCCCCCCCCCCCCCGACACGUCAGCCAUCUACAGAACUGUUAAGGAGCUUAUCCAGUUUUAAAGCCACGUCAGCAAACAAACAAUAACAAACAAUAUUUGAGCAUUUAUUCCAGAGUUUUUCGUUCAUGGAGCAUCUUUGUUUUCCUUGACCAGUAUAAGUUGUUGACUUACGAUAGUGAAUAACACGUUUCUAUCAGCGGGCUCUUAGCUUUUUCCAGUGAGCAUGUGCAGUAGAAACUAUGCAUAGAGGGCAAACGUGGUCAGUAAUGCCCCUUUUCUGGUACCGGCUCGACUCGACUCGCCCUUUUUUUCGUUUUCCAUCACUGGAAAGUACCGGCAUUUUGGUAACUGUUACCACUUUUCUGGUACCACCUUAGUCGAGGCUCCAAAAAACCUGGCGCGGGCACCAAAAUCAGUGCAGACCUCCGGUUGGUCGGAGAACCGCGUCAUUUUGCGUCACCGCGUCAUCAAUGCGCGGAUAUCGCCCGGCAUUUUUAAAUACCGAAGCGGUCGAAGCGGAGUUAUCUUAAAAGUACAUUUUGAAAUUGAAAACCAGGCGUCGCUAUGACGACCAGCUACACCGAGGGGGUACUGUUACGAUAAUGGAAAACGACACAGAAGCGAGUCGAGUCGAGUCGAGCCGGUACCUUAUAGUGGAAAAGGGGCAUAAGAGAUGAAAACCGGAAAUGGGAGGUUAGUGAAUAAAGACUGGGAUAGGCUCCAGCAUCCCCGCGACUCUGAGAGCAGGAUAAGCGGUUUGGAUAGCGGACAUUGUGUAAUAUAAAGGUCUACACACUAAUGGUUAAAAAAACAGACGGCGCUCCACACGAGGUGGGAAAGUGCAGCGCGGGUACGGGCUGCGGGGCUUCUGAAGGGUCUGAGGUGAAUCGUUUCCUGCAGAGGCUGGGAUAUAUCACUUACUACCUUCAGCUUUGUUGAGGACAUGCUCAUUGAAAAGGCUAUUGCCUUGUUAUGCAAAGCAACAAGCAUUCAUUGUUUAAUUUUUGUUAAAUGUUUUUUGCAUUUUAGUCUGUUCUUACUACAGAAGAAAAGGUAACACUAUAAUAACCACACACUAUGAAGCAUUAGUUAAGUAUUAGUAACUACUGAAUUCAUCAUUUGUAAAGCAAGACAUGCACUAAUGGUUAGUGUGUUAUAGAUAGAUAAUAGAUGUUUAUAAAUGCUUUCUAAUGCUGCAAUCAAUGACUAAUUCGGGUAGUUACUAGUUGUUAGUGGAGUAUUUUGUAUGAGCUCAUCUAAAGUGAGGACUAUCUAUGCCUUACAAAGCAUUUACACAUGAGACUGGAAGGCCAGCACCACCUUGAGACUCACAAAAGUCUAAAGGAUCAUAAGAUCCUUUAGAAAGUGUAAGUACGUGAUUAACAAACUAUUUAGAUGUACGUUUGUGCAUGAAUUAAUCAUGAAUUGCAAUAUUAAUAAGUAUUUGUCAAACAUCUAUUAACACACUCACUAUUGGUGCAUGCCUUGCUUUACAAAUGCUUUACAGAUGAUGAAUUCAGUAGUUACUAAUGCUUAACUAAUGCUUCAUAGUGUGUAGUUAUUAUAGUGUAACUGAAGAAACAUGCUUUUUUAAGAAUAGUCUUAAUGAUCUAAGAUUUGCCAAUUUUAUUUUAGAACCAAGUUUCACACCAUGUUGGUCACUGGAGGCGCUGCCUUGUGUCAAGCUGCAAACAUUUCACCAGUUGAGAGAAAAGCGUAUGUGGUGUGUGCUGUGUGUGUGUGUGUGUGUGUGUGUGUGUGUGUGUGUGUGGGUGUGUGUGUGUGGAUGUGUUUGUGCAUGCAUUGUGAUUGCACAGUAUAUUACAGAAAGUUUGUUUUUUGAUUUUCAGAUUCUAACUGUUCCAUAACUUCCUGUAUUGCUGACUAUUGAUAUGAAACACGUGCAUAUCAAGCUACUUUCAGUGUUUGUCCUCUAAAAACAUGUUAAUUCUUCAGGGUUGACAACAAGUACUCAAUUUUUAAUAGUUACACUUUAUGUCUUUUUCAUCGUCUGAUGUUCACGAACAGCACCUUGAGGUUUUUUGGAAGUACUUUUGUUUUUCUAUGUCAAACUCUUAACAAGACCUGCGAUGCUUUCGACUUAACUGCAUUUGCACUAGCUGUCAAAUAAAGCAACAAGGAGAAC